AUGCAGCAUGUGCCCGAACAUAUUCUAAGCACCAUCAUCUCUUAUGCAACUGGCUGCACAAAGUAUCGGGCGCACUUGCUCACAGCCGAGCCGCCGGUAUUCCACCGACGGCUGUACCCAUUCCUACAGCUAUCGCGAGCCUGGCGGCACGCAGCAUGCACAUAUCAGUACAAAAUCGCGACCCUGGGCAUAUUCCCGACAUCCCCGCAUGAGCCGCAAUACUUGAGCCUCUUGCAGACACGGCAGGUCGAUGCAGAGCAGUUCAUCAGGCAUAUUUACAUCACAAUGACGUGCCAGCAGGUCAUCGACGGGCGCGCGAGCAAUGCUCUGCAGCAGGUGUUCAAUAAUGGCCCGCUGCUGUGUGCCAAGCAGCUGGUUCUACGGAUUCUGCCAGUAUCGACACUUGGAGACCAUGCCUGCCAGGAAACCCGCACAAUCAUGAUCUCGUUUACAUCCUUCAGCUUUAACGUGCACCCACUGCUCAUGGUGGAGCAUUUCUGCAGGCCGUUUGAGAACCUACGGGGCAUUGCUGUCCAUGCCAACAACACUGGGCCAUUCAUGUGCCCAGGAUCGACUGUCGAUUUUCAGCUUGACAACAAAAUGUUCACUGCCACAUUGGACAACCGCCUGCGCGUCGAUUACCCAAACUUGAGCCGACUCGACAUUCGCACCGAGCGCCUCGGCUUGCCCUUUGCCGACCAGUUGGUGCACAAGGGCCAUCCAUUCGAGCGACUCGACACCACCCAGUGCUGGGUCGGCACUGGCCACCACGAAGACAGCAUCGCCAGGCCGUGCAUUGAGGUGCGUACACUGAAGCUGUCAAUCGACUGCUGUUUGUUCCCCGAGUUUAUCCGCUGCGGGCUGCUGAACUGGAAGGCGUGCCAGAACCUGGCCACCAUCAAGUUCCGCGUAUACAUGGCAAAUUCCUCCCAGAGCUUCGUAGCGCAAAUGCUGGCAGGCAUCAUCAACGGGUGCCCCAGGGCCGAGAACCUGCAUUGCUGGGACUUUUGCACUAAUGUUUCCCAAUGGCUCCCGCACAUCCAGCCCAACCUGACCAUCCAGCGCCUGGAGAUUCCAAACAUCUACUGCUAUCUGUCAGAGGUUGGCAUUCUGCUGCAACAGCUGCCAGCACUGCGCGCACUGGCUGUGUCGAUGCACAAGAUCCCGUCAAUCAAGCCAUUGCCGGAUGUGUUGACUGAUGCCGAAAUCGCCGGUGUCCAUAUGCUGAUGGCCAAUGCACAUUCAACUAAGCUGCAGGAGCUGACAUUGGGCGGCAUGAAGUUCAGCAGCGACGAGCGUGCUGGCGAUAUUGCAGUGGCAUUAGCGUCGGUGUGCCGCAUGUUGAAGUUCCUGACUAUUGACUUUUUCUUUAGCGCAAACGCCAACGCCGUCUAUUUGUCGGCAAAGAGGGCCACGCAAAGGCUGAUUUACACACAGACUUCUCACCUGCACUCGCUGGUCAUUCGUAAUAUCAGCAAGUAG